GUCAGUCUCUCUCUCUCUCUCUCUCUCUCUCUCUCUCUCUCUCUCUCUCUCUCUCUCCCUUGCCCCUACAGAUUCCCACGCUGCUGUACCACGGGAUGGAGAGUGAGAGAGUGGAGAAGAGGGAGCUGAUCAGAAGGGCUGUGGAAGUGGAAGGGUGCCCUGUCCGAGUCCUGUCAGUCCUGUUAUGACGUCCUAUGAGGGAGAAGACAACAUCGAGUACUUUUUGGGCCUCACACCAGCUGGGGUCGUUGUACUCAAAAAUAAGGCGAAAGUGGGGAAUUAUUUUUGUCCGAGAAUUUCCAAGGUGUAUUUUCGUGGGAGAUUUUUCAGAGUGAAAGAUAAAAAUAGCUUGGAGAACACCUACGGCUUGGAGACACCCAGUAAGUCAGCCUGUAAACACCUGUGGCAGUGCUUCUUCAGAUUGACUCAAGCUUCUGGGAAUUCUACGGAUGCUGUCUUCUCCCUUGGAGCUAAGAUUGGGUCACAGCAAGAAGGAUGGUGAGGUGAGGCAGGCCAGGCUCAACUCAAGGAUGCAGCCAGAAUUUACAAGGAUGCCAAGUAGGAGAUACCCAGUAAGUCAGCCUGUAAACACCUGUAGCAGUCUCCCUGCCCCUCCCUGCCUCCCCCAGAGCUUGGAGAACACCUACGGCGUGGAGACACCCAGUAAGUCAGCCUGUAAACACCUGUGGCAGUUCUGUGUUGAGCAUCACGCCUUCUUCAGAUUAACUCAAGCUUCUGGGAAUUCUGCAGAUGCUGUCUUCUCCCUCAGAGGAGGAUUGUGGAAAGUGCACAGGACAGGUACAAGGAGAGAGUCCCAAGUCCCUCCAGUCAACUACUACUACUACUACUUCUGGUGGUCAUGACUAUUGGGUGUUGAGAAGGGCCUCCAGUGUGGAUAGUCAGUUGUCGGUGGACUCCAGGGCUCACAGAAACACAGUUACAAGAACGCACCAAGCAUCUCUACCCCAUAGAAGGUUAUACCCCAUUUCACUUAAUCAGAACUGAUGGAGAGCAUGGAAGGAUUACUAUCUACACCAAAAAUAUGAUAAAUAUACAAGUUCUAAAUCAGUUCUCUUUUAUAAACAGGAAUAUUGAAAUAAGUACAACAAAGGUAAUUGUAGGGAGCACCAGUUAUAUUAUCUCAGUAAUUUACAGGAUCAAUAGUAAACAUAUAGUUGUUAAGGAAUUCACAGACAUUAUCAAUAAUUUACUAGUUGCUGAAACUUUUAAAAAUAACAAAACAAUUCUCAUUGGGGACUUUUAACAUUAAUUUACUUGAACAUUCCACUCAUCUUCCUACCAACUUAUUCCUCAACACAAUGCAAACUCUGCAUCUCACACAUCUCAACCAACAAGAUUUCCUGACAGCCCUGACCUUGGUCAACCAUCAUUACCAGACCAUAUCUGGACUAAUUUCACACCUCCAUCAUUAUCAGGUAUUUUACAUUAUUGUAUGACUGAUCAUCUCCCCAUAUUUAUAAAUAUUAUACAACAGUCUGUGCCAAACACCAAACAUAAGAUUGUCUUCAGAGACUUCAGCACAAAUAACCAAAGUUUAUUUACCAGUGAACUACAAAGGAUAAAUUGGUAUAAAAUACUUAAUCUAGUAGACACAAAUGAUAAUUUUAACCCAUUCUUUAAUAUUGUUUACGAACUCUAUAACAAAUGCUUUCCAGUAAAAACCAAAUAUAUAACAGAAAAAAGACUCCAAAACGCAUGGCUAACUACCGGAAUAAUUAAUUCUACUAAAUAUAAAUGUAAGCUUUUUAAGAUGUAUAAACUUGGUCACAUUUCACACAUGAUAUUCAAACAAUGUGGGAACAACCUAACCCAAGUUAUGCGUGCUGCCUGAUCCAACUGUUGUGGUCAAAUAUUUAGUAAUUUCAGAAGCAACACAAAAGAAAUCUGGCAAACAAUCAAUGAAAUAAAAGGCAAUACACAAAAUAAAAACACAAUUAAGACAUUGCAGUAUAAUGAUUUCAUAUUCAGCAGCCCGUCUGACAUGGCCGCCACAAGUAAGCCGAUGAUGGUGAUGAUAUUGUUAUUUUUGUGUGUGUGUGUGUGUGUGUGUGUGUGUGUGUGUGUGUGUGUGUGUGUGUGUGUGUGUGUGUGUGUGUAAAAACUCCCUUUUAAACUCAACUA